CUUCAAUCUGAGGUAUUGCUCAACUAUGCUGUCGGCAAUAACCCGCGGCAGUACGCGUAUCAUCGGCGCGAGAUGUUUCGCUUCGGCGCCGACUCUCGACGCUCAACAACAACUCGACGAUUCCAAGUUGCCGAUGGACGAGCAACUGAAUCCUUCAUUCUUUAAGAGUGUUGAAUACUAUGUGGACAAAGGCUCAAAAGUUAUCGAGCCUAAGCUCGUUGAUGAACUUCAAUCGCAUUCCAUGACCAAAAACGACAAGAAGAAUCUUGUCCGCGGUAUUCUCGCUGCUAUCAAACCGGUUAACAAGAUUUUCCACAUCACCUUCCCAAUUCGUCGUGAAAAUGGUGAAUACGAGCAAAUCGAAGCGUGGAGAGCUCAACACAGUGAGCACCGAACACCCGUGAAGGGCGGUAUCCGUUACGCGUUGAACGUCAACGAGGAUGAGGUGAAAGCCUUGUCCGCUCUGAUGACCUAUAAAUGCGCGGUUACUGAUGUGCCAUUCGGUGGUGCGAAAGGUGGUGUAAAGAUCGACCCCAAGAAAUAUUCCGAGUACGAAAUCGAGAAGAUCACUCGUCGUAUUGCCAUCGAGUUUGCCAAGAAAGGCUUCUUAGGACCCGGCAUUGAUGUGCCAGCACCUGACAUGGGAACUGGUGAACGUGAAAUGAGUUGGAUUGCUGAUACUUAUGCGCAAACAAUCGGACACAAUGAGAAUGAUGCGGCCGCUUGCGUUACUGGAAAACCAAUCGUUGCUGGUGGUAUCCAUGGACGUACCGCUGCUACUGGACGUGGUGUAUGGAAGGGCAUGGAAGUAUUCAUGAACGAUGAGGAGUACAUGGGGAAAGUUGGCCUUUCGACUGGCUUCGAAGGCAAGACCUACAUCCUCCAG